AUGGGGAUAAAUAAAGAGCCCAUCCCGGCAAAAGCGUCUAUUUCCACCGACCAAAAGUUAACCACUGACUUAGCAAUCACAACGCUUGAGCUUGAGCAAGAAGAACAGCAAGGCAGGCGAGAAAAGGCCGAAGAAGAAGAAGAAGCAGAAGAGAAGCAGAAGAAGGGGGAGUUUGAGGCUCACCAACCCUGA